UUAUUUAAUUUAUUUUGUGAAUUUAAUUUCGGGUUUCUUCUGUCGUCAUUGAUGCAAAGUGAUUUAGGGUUUUGUGGUUAGUUUUUCUUUUUGCUGUGGUUGGAGGGAGAUAUCUUGGUUUUUUGCUUUUUACCCCUCUUUAUUGGACCGUUUUGCACCAUUUCCCUUUCUCCUUUCCCUUUCUCUUUACCUUGAGCCACUUUCUCCCACUCAUUUUCUUUUCCCGUUUUUAGCACUUCAAGUCCAUGUUUGGUGAUAUGUUGCAUUCAAGUUGAAUAAUUAUAAUGGGGAAUGCAAGCAGUUUGGGAGAAGGUGGAGAAGAAGAGGAAAAUGAGGGCGAUGAUGUGCAGGAUUUGAUGAGGCAGAGCCCUCCACAAAGCUUUAAAAGAACAGCACAAAGCCCUUUGUUGUUCACUCCUCAGAAUCCGACGGUUCCAUUACGAAGGCCGGAUGAGUUGCUUCCUAUGGGAAAUACACGGGUGCAUAACUUCCCCCAAUAUGAUGAUAUAAUCUAUGAACAAGGAAUUCCAACAAUGAUAACAUGGAGUUAUGGAGGCAAAGAAGUUGCUGUGGAAGGGUCAUGGGAUAAUUGGAAUACAAAGAAAGUCUUGCAAAAAUCUGGAAAGGAUUUCACAAUUAUGAAAGUUCUUCCAUCAGGAGUCUACCGGUACAGAUUCUCCGUCGAUGGUGAAAGCAGAUAUUCGCCUGACAUGCCGUUGGAGCACGAUGAAUUUGGAAAUGCCUUCAACAUCUUGGAUUUGCAGGACUCGGUUCCUGACGAAAUAGGCAGUGUUGCCGGCUUUGAGCCACCUCUAUCCCCAGAAUCAACCUACAACAACUGGCCACUAGAUUCUGAAGAUUUAGCGAAGGAGCCGCCAAGUGUUCCUCCACAGCUCGGAUGUACGUUGCUCAACUCAACUUUCAGUGAUGAGAACUCCAUGCUUUCAAGGCCACAACAUGUAGUUCUAAAUCAUCUUUUUAUCCAUAAGGGGAGAAUCGGCGAGUCGGCCAUCGCUCUCAGUGCUACCCAUAGAUUUCGGGCUAAAUAUGUGACAAUGGUGUUCUACAAAUCCUUGUAGAGAUAAUAUAUUUGGAGCAUAUGAGAGGAUUCAAAGAGGAAAUCAUUCACUCAUUUACAAUGUCCUUCAAAGUUAUUGUAUUUCUGAGCAUAUGAUGUGUUCAUGUGAUGAGUUAUAUUAGAAGAGGAGUUUAAUAUGUGAAGAGGUGAACGAUUAUUGUUGUAAUUUUGUAUGAUGUAUAUCAUUAAGAUGUUGAGGUUACGUGUAAAGGGCUUUUCUAUUGGCUAUUGAUGAUGUG